UAACAUCAAACUCGACAACCCAGCCGUACGUUAUUUCCUCAGACGCCUCAAUCUCGUUGUCCGAGUGUUCAGAUCAAAUCGUUGUCUGGCUUUUGGAGGAUUAUAUUCAAUCUCAGCAUGACUGUGAAGGUAGCAAAUGGUGUUAUGAAGGGAUCAGAGGGAUCCGUGUUUAAGCGAAUUGGCAGAGCACAUAAUUUGUACACCAGAGUGUGUGUAUUUUGGCUUCAAGGAAAAUGCAACCGGAACCCUUGCAAGUAUCUACAUACAGCACCAUCUUCUCCGUACCCUCAGCAAUCUCUCUCAAGAAUCUCUCGACAGUCUACCCGACCCACAAGCACCUGGGUGAAUCCUAAUUCCAAAGGUCCAAAGAGAGGAAUUUCUUCGGCCAAUGAAAAAGGUUCUGUUUCUCCAGCCAAUGAAAAAGUUUCUGUUUCUCCGGUCAAUGAAAAAGUUUCUGUUUCUUCGGCCAAUGAAGAAGGUUCUGUUUCUCCGGCCAAUGAAAAAGUUUCUGGACAUGACGUUCGCUCCGUGACUCAAGAAAGACUUGCCAUCACCAGAACAACUGAAUUUCAGGGUGAAGAUAAUCAAAAGCCGAAAAUCAAGCCAUGCAAGAGCUUGGUAGAUGACAGUUGUGUCCAUGGGGACAAGCGUAAUGACUUGCAUGCACAGCCAUCUGGAAAUGGCUUCUCCAUGCUGGCAAAGUUAGACGGGCAUAGCAUGGCCAUUACUGGAAUUGCACUUCCAUCUGAUUCCAGCCAGCUCUUCUCUGGUAGCAAAGACAAAUCAGUUCGCAUGUGGGACUGUCACAGUGGUCAGUGUGCUGGUGUUGUUCAGUUUGACCACGAAAUCGGGUGCUUGGUUAGCGAAGGUCCAUAUGUGUUUUUUGGAUUGCCAAAUGUUAUUAAGGCGUGGAACACUCAGACUAAAAUGAUGCAUGAGUUAACAGCAUCAUUUGGGCAAGUUUAUUCAAUAACUGUGCAUGAAAAUAUGCUCUUUGCUGGAACUGAGGAUGGAACCAUAUUGGUGUGGAAGUUCAGCUCAGCAGAUGCAGUACCUGAACUAGUAGCAUCACUGAAAGGUCACAGCCUGGCUGUUUUCUCACUUCUUGUGAGUGCAGAUAGACUAUACUCAGCUUCUGGGGACAAAACAUUAAGGGUGUGGGAUCUCAAAACUUUGCAAUGCUUGCAAACGCUGCAUGGGCACGCGGGUGCUGUGAUGUCUGUCCUUUGCUGGGAGAGCUAUUUGAUAUCUGGGUCCUUAGAUAACACAAUAAAAGUAUGGGCUGCAACUGAAAGUGGGAACAUGGAAGUGAUCUAUGAACACAAGGAAGAGACUGGCAUUCUAUCAUUUUGUGGAAUACGUGAUGCCGAAGGCAAACCUAUUUUGAUAUGCUCGUGCAAAGACAAUAUUAUCCGCCUAUACGACCUCCCUUCGUUUUCCGACCGGGGCCGAAUUGUUACGAAUGGUGAAGCCCCUUCGCUCCGGGCAACAGAUGGUGGACUGUUAUUCAUUGGGGAUAGAAAUGGCCUGCUUUGUGUUUGGAAAUUGCUUCAAUAGGCUGCAAAACAAAAGACAGUGCUCCCAGAUUUAGCACAAGGGGAAGUUCCUGACCACACAAGAAUUUGGGUAGAUUAUAAUGUCAAUUUUGGGCUUUAGUUUAGGUUUUGUAAUGAACAGAUUUAUUGGGUACUAUAAAGCUGGAAAAUAUGUAUGAGUGAAAAUAUUAGAGGCUUCGUUUGGUAUAUGAAAUUUAGGCCAUUAAAUUAUAAUUGGCGAU